UUGAUGGUGGGGGCGCGGCUUAUUGUAGCAGUUCGCCUUCCCAAUGUCUGACUGGCGAACUUCAUCUCCGUGUCUGGUCCUGUUAGGCGCUGCACUCCUGCUCGCGCCUGUAGUAAGCCAGGUAUCUUCCGUGAAGUCAGGAAAGCAGUUGGACUUGCUGGAGAAGUUAGUUGUUGGACAACGGACACCAAGUGGUGAAUUGUUAGUGAAAUCGUCUCGUACGUUUGAUGCCCGAGAUGUGUUCAAGAAGCCUCGUUUUCCACGAAGUUACUCUUUCAUAAUCAGGGUUUACAUCGAAGAUGAAGGAGACUUUCUCACAAUCUUGAGCGAGCAGUCGUUGGAAGUAGAUUUUGCAAUUGGUGUUAGGAGCAAUACUUUGUACGUUGAUUAUCGAGACAAGGAUUCUGCAUUGACUCGAGUGUCUUUUCCGGGAAUUGUGAUACCUCACAACAAGUGGUUGGAACUAGGUUUGGGAUUUGGAGCGUCUGAAGUGAAUGUUUCAUUGGGAUGCCAGCCGAAGGCUACCUAUAACAUGUCUGUGAAGUUGAACAUAGGAAGAACAGGAAUCAGACCAAAACUUGUGGAUGCAUUGCUAGUGUUAGGCUAUAACUCUUCAUCUCUCUUUCGGGGUCGGUUUUGUCUUCUGAAAGUUGUUUUUCAUGACGAUAAAGAGGCUGCAUCCCAUUGUACGUACGGCAUAGAUAGAUGCAAAGAUUAUACAACCACUACAUACCAAAGCCAGCAAAAAGGACCAGAUUUUCAAUAUGUGCAUGUGAAGGGUCAGAAGGGCGAUCGUGGUUUACCAGGUCCAAGAGGUCGAAAAGGAGUCAAAGGUGAUACUGGUGAGCCUGGCCACAUGGGUAGACCUGGAGUGAAGGGCCGCAAGGGUUUCAAAGGUCUUUCUGGACCACCAGGACCACCAGGUCAUGAUGGCAAAGAUAAUGAGAUGCCAGGAGAUGUUGGUGACCCAGGUCCUCCUGGACCGCCUGGGUUGGAUGGAAGGCGAGGCUUGCCCGGACCACAAGGAUAUUCUGGAAAGAAAGGCCCAAAAGGAGAAGAAGGUGACACUGGAAAGAAGGGACUAGAAGGUUUUCCUGGAAGAAAGGGUUUACCUGGUACCCCUGGCACUCCCGGAAAGAAUGGACUUCAAGGACAAGGUGGAGAGAGAGGGCCACCUGGACCACUAGGAGAUCGUGGAUCGAAGGGACCUAUAGGUAAACCUGGUCGACUUGGGCGCCCUGGGCUGCUCGGACAGAAAGGGCGAGCAGGAAGUAGAGGACUGCCAGGUCGUCCAGGACCUCCGGGAAUAAAAGGAAACCAAGGUCCUAUUGGAGAGCAGGGUGAAAAGGGGUAUCCUGGUGUCAAUGGUCGUCCAGGCAUUUCUGGGUCACCUGGCAAGCAGGGACCGCCUGGCAAGCCUGGGAGGCUGGGACCAGUUGGACCUCAAGGUGACCCAGGCUUACCUGGACAAAAGGGAUUACCUGGUGUGCCAGGGGUACAAGGACCUUCAGGUAAACGUGGUCCACGUGGUAUGCAAGGCCCGGAGGGCUAUGUUGGUCCUGAGGGACCACCUGGGCUACCCGGAGAGCAAGGACCACCUGGUGAACCUGGAGACCGAGGACUGCUAGGGAUGGCAGGAGAAGAUGGCCGUGAAGGCUUGAUUGGAGACGCUGGUGUUCCUGGUCCAUUAGGAGAGCAAGGAUUACCAGGUAGACCUGGUAAAGAAGGCCUAAUCGGUCCUCCAGGGAUACCAGGACUUUCGGGACCACGUGGAGAUCCAGGGGUUCGAGGGUCAGUUGGAGCAACAGGCGAGAAGGGAUUGCCAGGAAACAGUGGCAAGGCUGGUGUUGUAGGCGACCCUGGUGUUGUUGGUCCCCCUGGGCCAAAAGGUCGACCAGGUGAAGAAGGCUUACGAGGUCCUCCUGGUCCUCCUGGUGCAAAGGGAGCUCUUGGAUCUAAGGCCUGUGCUGGUUUGAAAGGCUUUGUUGGUGACAUUGGAGAACCUGGCCAAAAAGGUGAAACGGGUGAUCCGGGGGAUCCUGGAAAUCAAGGGAAGAAAGGACGAAAAGGAGUCAAAGGGUUAACAGGGCUGCCUGGAAAGAAGAGCAAAGACAAAGGAGCUAAAGGACUACCUGGUGGUCGAGGAGUGAUGGGACCACUUGGAUUGUCUGGUCAGCGAGGUGCCAUUGGUCUACCUGGUCCAAAAGGAAUAGCAGGUGCUGAUGGCCGCAAAGGAAACAAGGGGGCUCCUGGUGACAUUGGUCCAAUUGGAAGAAAUGGUGACAAAGGAAUGCCAGGCCAUCCUGGCCCGACUGGACUAAAGGGAAAGAAGGGCUCCAUUGGAGAUGUAGGAGAAAAAGGAGACAUCGGUGAACCUGGAAUUCGUGGUGUUCCUGGACUACGUGGUAAGAAAGGACCAGUCGGACCUAUCGGUGUGGAGGGAUUGAAGGGUAUGGCUGGCCCUAGUGGACCUCGUGGACGAAAAGGACGAACGGGUGAAAUUGGACUUCCCGGGGAACGUGGACCUCAAGGCAAACCGGGGCCAAUGGGCCUUCCUGGUCUUUCUGGUGGUCGAGGAGUUCAGGGAGAGAAAGGACUAAAAGGUGAACAAGGUGACGUUGGAGAACCUGGACCAAAGGGAUCUGUCGGACUCAUCGGCUCACGAGGUCCUGUAGGUCCAACUGGUGUCAAAGGAGAGAUGGGAGAUAUGGGCACUCCAGGAUUAGUUGGUCCUUCAGGUCGUCGAGGCCCGCAAGGUGAGCAGGGUGACAAAGGCAGUAGAGGAGAAGUUGGUGCCAAAGGCAAAAAAGGAGAGAAGGGUUACACUGGACAUCGUGGAUUGGAUGGUAAAGGCGGAGUACAUGGAAGGAAGGGAGAUCCGGGGCCUAUUGGAGAACCUGGACUGAUUGGGAUAAGCGGAUUGAGAGGUGAGAGAGGUGUCCCAGGUGAAGCUGGUAUACAAGGAGAGAAAGGCAAAAAGGGUAUGACCGGAGAUGCAGGAAGAUUUGGUCUAGAAGGUCCACGUGGUCCACCAGGGCCGAAGGGAGAAAGAGGAGAGCAAGGCCUGAAAGGUCUUCCUGGACCAAAGGGCUACAUGGGGAGUGCAGGCCAACCAGGCUAUCCUGGUCCACCGGGAGCAAUGGGUAAACUAGGUUCUCCUGGUGUAAAGGGUGAUGUUGGUGGAGUUGGAGAAAUUGGGCCACCAGGACAAGAUGGCAACCCAGGAGAACCAGGUAGACCUGGUAGAAGAGGCUCUCCAGGUGCACAAGGGGUUCCUGGACCCCCAGGAAAAUCAGGAGAAUAUGGAGCUCGUGGACCACAAGGUGAAAAAGGUGCAACAGGUGUGAAGGGUGUAAAGGGAGAUCAAGGCCUUACGGGUGAUCGUGGUAUUCCUGGCAGAGAAGGAUAUCCUGGCCAGCCAGGGAAGCCUGGAAAGAAAGGAGACAUCGGACCAAUUGGCCAUCCUGGUCUGAAGGGUGUACCGGGUGAAAAGGGUGUAGAUGGACGACCAGGACCACAGGGUCCCCCUGGCCCCCCUGGGGAUCCAGGCCCACAGGGUGAAAAGGGUGAUCAGGGCUUUCAAGGGAUGCAUGGCAUUGAUGGCGUAAAGGGGGAUAGAGGGACAAAGGGUUAUCUGGGACCACAGGGAAACGACGGACCAAUGGGUCAAAAAGGAGAUCAGGCGUUUCCUGGGCCACCCGGUCCUCCCGGGAUGAUGGGUUCGGAAGGUCUAAUGGGUCAACAAGGAUUACGAGGUCCAAGAGGAUACCCGGGUCCCAGUGGUCGACCAGGUCUACAUGGUCUACCAGGUCCGCCUGGUCCUGCUGGUCCUCCAGGAGCACCAAGUGUAGCAAUGCAGGGUAUCGUCCAGGACAAAUUGCUCUGGGAACAGGCCAUAAAAUAUCAAUCAGCGUUGAAGUAUUUGGAAAAGCUGGACAGUCUCAAUUUCAUCCAAGAGCCACUGGGCAAUGUGCUGAACCCCGGAAGAUCGUGUCAUGAUAUCAUGGAGUGUCGGUCACAGUUAGAAGAUGACUACUAUUACAUUGACCCCAACCUGGGCUGUGCCGGAGAUGCUGUUCGGGUGCUCUGUAACUUCACUGCAGGGGGAGAAACUUGUAUACAGCUGAACACAAGCAAGAUCAAUAGUGACAACAAAACAGAUGACAACUGGUUGCUAAUAUCUCCUAAAACUACAAAAUUGCAGUAUUCUAUUGGUCAAGUGCAGUUGGUCUUCUUACGGUUACUGAACACACAUGCUUAUCAGUACGUGAAGAUACGAUGUCUUGGAACUACAAUCUGGUUCAACAACAGUACUCAGAGCUAUCAAAAUACGUUGCGUUUGAGAGGCUGGGAUGGAGAAGUCAUAAGAUGGGAUGAAGACAACCCACCGGAAGUGAUUUCUGAUACAUGUCAGUUUCAGACAUACAAUUCCAGCGAAUGGGGUGAAACUGCUUUUUUUUUGAACACGGGAAUACUUGGCCAACUACCAGUCACAGAAGUCUGGAUUGAACAGCAAGGGGCUCACGAUUCAACAGUAGCUGUGGAACUAGGAUCAGUCUGUUUUAGAUAGUUUACCUACAGUUCUGUAUUUAAAGUACUCGCUUUAUGAGCCUUUCCUGUUAUUACAGUUACGAUGUCAGCUACUAGGAUA